UUACUUACUAUAUAUAUACUACUUGAUAUAUUGACCAUGUAUUUUCAAACUGGAGCAAACCUUUAUUUGUUAUUAGUAAAUAAACUUUGUUAUUUUUUAAUGAUUGGAUGCCGAUAUCGAAGUAGAUCGUCCCGACUAGUAAUAUCCCUGUGAGUGAAUGAAUGUGGAUUAUUGAAAAAACUAUGAAUGCAAAGUGUUGUCAGAGACAACACUUUGUUACUGUUAGAACGUCAAAACCAAUUGUAUUUCACGUGUUUCCAGUUAAUUGUUCAAUUAUUAUAUAAUAUAUAUAUUCAUAAAGAGGGUUCAUACUAAACCCUCGAGUGACAUUUUUCGAGCUCCGCUAGGCUUCUGCAAUAACCUAUUCGCUGUUACAACUUCGUGUUGAAAGUAGGUAACAAUGGAUAUAGAAAAAAGUAUUUCAUCUGGCGAAUCAAUAACGAGAAGUACGAAAGAUGAAAGACCAAGGGUACUCUCAACAUCUUCGGACAAGGAUUUUGUUCACGCGCAGAACGAUCCACUAGUUAACCAAGAGUACGAGUCUAUCAUAAAGGAAGAAGAUUCCGACUCUGACUCGUCGUCAGAGGAGGACGAAGAAGAUACGCAAUGGCAGAGAAUAAGAAAAAGACGUUCGAUAGCAAAUGAGUAUUCGGAAGAAGAGAAACUUCUAAUCGAAAACGUUGAUUGCAACGAUCCUUUUGCUCUAUUCAAAGUUUUCUUCACCGACUACAUAGCAGGAAUAAUAGUCGAAGAAACAAACAAAUAUGCAGAACAAUGUAUGAAUUCUUUAUCGAGCAGGAGAAGACACCAACAGGCUUGGCAACCCGUUACAAGAGGCGAAAUUAAUACGUUUAUUGGUAUAUUGCUAAUCAUGGGUGUUGUGCAACUACCAGAAAUUAGACUACACUGGUCUAAAAAGACCAUGUAUAUGAACACAUGCAUAAAAAAUAGUAUGAAACGUGAUCGAUUUUUAUCUAUAUUGAAACAUUUACAUUUUUCGGACGACACAACAGCUGAAACAGAAGAUCGAUUGCAUAAAAUUAGAAGUAUCGUGGAGAAAAAUUUUUUCUAUGAUAACGAAAGAAAGAUUAUUAAUUUAUACGAUCAAUUGUCAUCUUACUAUAGUUGUUUGCGGAAAACAGUCAAGUGGUACCAAAAAAUUAUAAUACAAUUAAUAUGCGGGACAUGCCUAGCCAAUGGAUGGUAUAUAAAUCAAAGAUGGGGUACCAAGUACAUUAAUAUUUUACAAUUUAGGGAACAAAUUAUCGAUCAUUUGUUAACCAAUGUUCGCGACAUUGAAAAAAUAAAUAUCGAAAAACCAGCAGUUUCGAAUAAAGUUUCACAUUUUCUCGAAUCGUGUAAAGAGCCUGCGAGAAAGUCAAGAAAAAGAUGUAGGCAAUGUUAUAAAUGGUUAUGCGAAACAAAGGGUAGAGAUUAUGCCAUGAGUAAGGCAAAGAGAGUGACGACUUAUUGCAAUAGUUGUAAGGGCCAGCCAGCUCUCUGUUUGACAUGUUUUAAAAGAAUACAUAGAAAAGGUAAAUGAUAAGUUAGAAUUAUAAUAUUCAAUUAUCUUUUUACAACCGAAUUUUUGUUAUUUACGUUUAUAAUAUUAUUUUUAAUUAUAUUUAUAAUACUCGGAUCAAAUAAAGUAACUCCUACUUUUUUUCAAUUAA